AUGCCAGUGGCCGGUGGUGCCACCCGCCAACAGGGGAAGGGCAAGUGGGACGAAGAUGACUUUGAAGAGGACCUGGGCGAGGAGGAGGAAGAAGAGGAAGAAGAGGAGGAGGAGGAAGAGGAAGACUAUGAGGAGGAGGAAGACAUGGGAGAGGAAGGGCUCAGCUCGGCGGAGGCGGUUCGGGCGGGCGCGGGGUCCCUGCUGCUCCGCAAGCCCCCGGCCCCCCAGCAUUACCGGGGUGAGCCCCAGCGGCUGCCGGGGGGCCAGGAGCGGCUCCCCCCCGGCCUGGGCCACGCGCAGCCCCCGCCCCCGGCGCCCGACCACGGCGACUGGACCUACGAGGAGCAGUUCAAGCAAGUAGGUGCCCGCCGAGACCCGCGUGUCCCCCCGUUCCUGUCCCUCCCCUGCGUCCUUGAGCGCCGUGGUGCCGCCUCCGACCGAGCUGCUGUCGUUGCCGCUGAGAAAAUGUGGGAUUUUUCUGGGGUUUUAGUGUUGGGCUCAGCCGUGCUCCCUCCCCUGAGCCUUUACGGCGGAGCGCGGUCCGUCCGGGGGCCGGGGCGGGCUGCACCGGGGCUCGGGGAUGCAGAGGGGAAGUCCGGGGCCGUGGGGGUGUCGGGAAGCCCGGAGCAGAGUCGAGCCACCCGCAGCCCCCGGGAGAGCCGGGAGGCGCGGGGGUCACGGGCCGGUUCGCCGGUGUUUCGGGGAGCCCAGCUCCGCUCGGGAGGGCACCCCGGGGACGCGCGGGACCCCCCGGGGCGAGGGUCCCCUCUGCCCGCUCCCGCCAGCUCCCUCCCCCGCCUGCAGCGCGUCCCCGGGGUCCCCGGGAAGGGCAAGUGGGACGAAGAUGACUUUGAAGAGGACCUGGGCGAGGAGGAGGAAGAAGAGGAAGAAGAGGAGGAGGAGGAAGAGGAAGACUAUGAGGAGGAGGAAGACAUGGGAGAGGAAGGGCUCAGCUCGGCGGAGGCGGUUCGGGCGGGCGCGGGGUCCCUGCUGCUCCGCAAGCCCCCGGCCCCCCAGCAUUACCGGGGUGAGCCCCAGCGGCUGCCGGGGGGCCAGGAGCGGCUCCCCCCCGGCCUGGGCCACGCGCAGCCCCCGCCCCCGGCGCCCGACCACGGCGACUGGACCUACGAGGAGCAGUUCAAGCAACUGUACGAGCUGGACGGUGACCCCAGGAGGAAGGAGUUCCUGGACGACCUCUUCAGCUUCAUGCAGAAGCGAGGGACCCCCGUCAACCGGAUCCCCAUCAUGGCCAAGCAGGUGCUGGACCUGUACAUGCUGUACACGCUGGUGACGGAGAAGGGGGGCCUGGUGGAGGUGAUCAACAAGAAGCUGUGGCGGGAGAUCACCAAGGGGCUGAACCUGCCCACCUCCAUCACCAGCGCUGCCUUCACCCUGCGCACCCAGGACAUGAAGUACCUGUACCCCUACGAAUGUGAGAAGCGAGGGCUGAGCAACCCCAAUGAGCUGCAGGCGGCCAUCGACAGCAACCGGCGGGAGGGACGCCGGCAGGGCUUCGGCAGCUCCCUCUUCACCUACUCGCCCGGCGGCACCCAUGGCCUCCUCUCCUCCCCCAAGCUGCCGGUGCCAGCACUGGGCCUCGCCUCCGCCACCAACGGCGGCUCCAUCGCUCCCGUCCAGAAGAUCAAGAAAGAGGAGGACUCCCCCAUCCCCAUCUCCAUGCCCAGCCGGCUCCCCGUCUCGCUGGCCGGCCACCCCGUGGUGGCGGCCCAGGCGGCCGCGGUGCAGGUGGCGGCGGCGGCUCAGGCUGCGGCGCUGGAGCAGCUGCGGGAGAAGCUGGAGUCGGGAGAGCCGCCGGAGAAGAAGAUGGCGCUGGUGACGGACGAGCAGCAGCGGCUGAUGCAGCGGGCGCUGCAGCAGAACCUCCUGGCCAUGACGGCCCAGCUGCCCAUGAGCAUCCGCAUCAACAGCCAGGGCACCCGCUCGCCAGAGAACCGCCAGGACUCGGCCGCCGGCCUGAGCAGCAACGGCACCAACAGCAUCAGCAUGUCGGUUGAGAUCAACGGUAUCGUCUACACAGGUGUGCUGUUCGCCCAGACCCCAGGCCCUUCCUCCUCCUCUUCCUCCUCCUCCUCCUCGCUCCCCUCCUCUGCCUACACCAAAGGCAAUGGUGGCAGCGGCGGCAGCCGGAGCAGCAGCGGCGGCGGUGUGGGGAGUGGCGGCAGCGCCCCCCCCGCGGCACCGGCCGGGCUGGCCGUGCCCCCCACCUCUACCUCCAACAACGCUUCGCCUUAAUGCCCCCGGCCCCCCAGCCCCUGCCCAGCGCCAGCAGCACCUCACCCGGCAGCGGUUGUGGCAUGGGGCUGGGGUCUCACCGGGGUCCCACCAGGGUCCUGCCGGGCUCUGGCCGGGGUCUCACCAGAGUCUCAGGGGGGUCCCACCA